AUGAAGUUAGAAGACGUUUUUCAUGAAUACGAUCCACUGAGAAAAGGACAUGUCAGCAGAGAUGACUUCAGGAAAGCUUGCAAGGAAAUUUUUCAAGAACUUCUGACGGAAGAACAGAUGAAUGGAAUUCAGAGUCACUACUGCAGUGAUGACAGACCUGACCAGUGUAACUGGUCAAGCUUCAUGCACGAUGCCGAAUCUGGUUUGUACCAUGCUCGUUUUAGUCCCUGUUCAUCUUUAAACAUCUUUUACUACAGGUAUCCCAAGCUCGAAAUAUGAGCAUCGGCAAUGCUUGCGUAACAUUCUAACAUUCUUUUGUUUUACCAAGGUCUCAGGGGAAUUUGUCUUUUCAUAAAUUCAAUGCGUACAUAUGCAAGUAAAUAAGACAAAGUUGGAAAGAACCAGUUUUUCUAGAGUAUUAUCUGUGGUGAUAUAUUUGCCGAAAGCAAAUUAUUUACGUGGACUUUAUUACAGGUAUGGGCAUAAUCGCCUCCCUCUUUUAACGCUUCCUAUCUAUCAAACGCCGUAAACACUUCGGCUUUCCCAGCCGGGUCACUCCCAGCUCGGUCGAGGCGGGACAAUCUUACUAUACUUAAUUUUUUUCUUUAGCAAAUAACUUGCCUCCAGCUUUCCAUUCUUACUUCUUUUAUCAGGUACCACUGCACAGUCUGACGGCGAUUUAGAAACAAAAACACCAACUAAAGAAGUCAUAUUGAAAAAGGUGGCUCAGUCUCUGAAAGACAAAGAUGUUAUGGAUCUACUCGCACGUCCUACUUCCCAAGAUGCUAUCAGGUAGUUCAUAUACCCCCUAAAAUCAUGCAGAUAUCACUUUCCCCGCGAGAUUAAGUCUAAGGAUAAGCGUAGAAAUCAGUCCAUUCUGAUACCAGUUACCAGAUCUGUGUAGUGCUUCUAUUGGUCGUGCCGUGUGGGAAGUUUGCUCCAACUGAUCAGAAGCACUACCCAGAUCUGGGUAGUGAAGCGUCAUCAGCAAAGAAUUUCUGCACUAUUUCGUGGGGAAAGCGUUAUUGGCGUCGCGAAAUGUCGCCUUUUAAGCUAGGGAUUCAUACGCGUAUACCCGUUGAACUUGCCGGCUUGAAUAUUUAAAAAACAUUCAAGCGGACGAAUGCUACAGAGCGCGUAUCACUACAUGCUGCCAAUGGAUCAAACUCAAUUAGUUCCAGUCAUAACCGUAAACAACAUGUAAACGACAUGAAACGACAACAAUGACUUGAAUUUUUGAUGGACGCACGUCAUACGAAAACGAUCCAAAAAAAAAGUCGGCAGAGCUGAAAAAAAAGGGCUAUUUUCUCUACGACCUGGGUUGUUUUCCACCCAGAUAGGAUUUUUGACGGGACUCAAAAUUUUGCCUGAUUUGUACCUCACUGAAUACUUAAGUAACUUUCCACCUUACAUGCAACUGUCCAUGCACUCUUUGGUGAAGUGAAAGAACAAAACUUCAACACGGAAAUAUUCGAAAUUCUUCUCUAGUACGCGGAAAAUAGGCGAGCUUGUCAAGACAAAGCGGACGGACAAAUCUAUUAUCCACCAAAUUUAUCUUAACGUUUUUCAUAUAUUUGUACUCUUUCCUUAGCAAUAAAAUUGAUGAAGUGGAAUUUGACGAGGAGCAAUUAUUUCAGCACAUAAGUGAGGCCAUUGAUCGAGAGGAUAUGAAGGUGAGAAAGACAUUAGCUGAAAUACAGAAAAGCGACGCAAAACAGCAAGAAAGCGUUUUUUUAAAAUAAAAACACACUUUUUUUAAGGGAGAUAGUUUGCUAAUAACUAUAAUUCUAGAUAAAAGUCCUUGAGAUAGUGAUGCAGUAGUCCUGAAUUUCUACAAUUUUUGGGUGUUUUAACAACAACAACAACAAUAAAUAUCAGGCCAGCUUUUUAAAAAUAUCUUGCAGUCCCCCCUUUCCCCAUCCUGUACAAAGUUGAAACUUGGGAAAAAUUCGGGAUAUACGCAUUCAUCGUUGUUUGUGGGGUGGGAGAGGGGUUGGGCAUGUGAAAUUAAAAGAGAGCCCCACAAAUGCAAAUGUGUCUUGAGAAUUUGUCCAUGAUUGCACUUUAGAACUGAGUUGACAGAAAGUCGUUCUGUAUCUUUCAUUCGGCAAUGACUCUCCACCUGCGCCCUCACGUCGGACCAUUAUCUGUCAGGUGAAUAAAUACCGGUAUCCGGGGACAGUGAGCAAAUGAUGAUUGCCACUGACUAUACCUCACGUUUUGACAUGAACUAUGUUAUUAUAACUAUUAAUUAUAUAGGUUAUCAUGGAAAUAUACACAGACGACCUGGGAUUUAGACAUCAAGAGUUCUUCAAUGAUUUGAAGGUGAGAUUUUUGUAUAAGGGUUCAUUAUACUUUUACAUGUACCCCUUGAAAUUGCGGACAUUGAUCAGUUCCUCGAUUACCUCAGAAUCCAGUACAAUGGUUUCACUAAUAAUAAAUAAAUUAAUAUGUGCUUAUUUUCAUGCACAUUUGAAGGACUUGUAAUGAGUCAAUACUCAUAAAUGUCUGCGAUUCGAUGUCGGAUGUGUCUCUAGCCACUAACAGAUUUCGAAUAUAUUUUUUCCUUAAUCAGGAACUGGCAGAUUUUUCUGGAAAAGCUCGCGUAUCUUCAAGGAAAAAUACUGCGUCAACUUCUUCAACAUCUAUAUCUGUUGAUAUUCCUGAACACAAAUCGCAAUCCUCGUCAAAACCAAGUGCAACUGCCGUCCGGCGAAAUCGAGGGCGGUUUUCUAUUUCAUACGAAGCUUUGGUGUGGAUCGUAUUCUUAGUUCUGACAACACUAUGUGUCGUUGAUCACUUCGUUCUCCAAGGUGAUGCGGUUCUAAAAAGAGGAGGAAAGCUUCCCAAACGCAUCUGGGGGACCAACUUGGGCGAGACGAUCACCAAUGUGGUUUGGGCUGUUACAGCACGUCUCAUCAUCACGUCCCAGAAUCUCAUGUUCUACACGAUGCUAUGGUGCUUCCCAAAUUUUAUCGCCGAAACCUGUCCAGGGUGGCUAACUGUCGAAGGCAUUCGUGAAGUUCACGUGAGAAUUCACAGAUUAGCAGGUAUCUUCCUGAUCGCCAUUCCUUCGCUUGCCCACGUUCUGGUGAUCUUUGUUCCUCCCCUCAUAGACGGAACAGCACUCAAAUACUACCCACCGAGUAACUUCAACUACAGUUCCUCUCCAGGGCAUUUGAAUUGGUCCAAGAUCUGGGACCCUGCAGCCGUCCAAGGCUGGACGUUCAACGAUCACACCGGAGUUCACCUAACCUCUGACGAGAUCUACCGAUUUGUGCUCAUGAUCGUGUUGUUUUGCUUACUCUUUCCCCUGAGCAGAUCAAAUUAUCUCAACCAUCGAAGUUACUCUUUGGCCAUGACAUUGCACGCAUUUGCUGGGAUCUGGUACGCCAUUGACAACAUUCGGAAGAUCACUCACGGACUGGCACAUGUCUUCAAUCUACCCAUCCUCAUCAUUUGGUGUGUAGACCGAAUUCUUUCCAUUUUCCUGUAUCGAUAUCACCGGGGUCACAUUGUGCGGAAAGAAGUUCUUGGAAACAACGAGUAUGUUGUCCUCUAUGUGAAACUUGCUAAAAACGUGAAAAUCGCUGUUGGCGAUGUCUAUUAUCUUCACCAUCAAGUUAGGGACAACACCGAAAUUUUGCCUCAGAGAUCACAUCCUUUCACAACGUUUGGAAAUUUGUCGCAAGAUUCUACCUGGGACAUUGGUUUUGUAAUGUCGAUAAUUGAUGAUGACAAGCAAUUGUGCCUCCCUUGGACAAAUUGGCUGGCAGAGGUUGAGAAAACGUCUCUUCUGCAUGUGUGGGGACCUUAUCGUUCGUCUGUUGCGAAGCUGUACCAUCAACUUGUUAGAGAGUCAGAAGAUACGGAGCGCCCUUCACACUAUCUUCUGUUCGCAACAGGCUCCGGAUGUGGUUAUCUCUUGGAUAUCUUGAGCUUUCUGGCCCACACAGCACCAUCGCAAAGAAGCUCACCAAGCCAUAAACAAAUUGCGAUUGACAUCUUCUACUCGGUCCGAAGCAAGGCAUUUUAUAACUUUUUUCGUAAACCCAUUGAAGAGCUACUGAAGAAGAUAAAAAACAAGAAUGCUGCAACGGUCACCUUCCAAUUUCACGUCUCUAGUUCGCGAGAGGAACUCAACGAAGCCGAUGAAAGUCCAGCUGCAGAAACCCAUACCCGACUCAUAAAUGGUCGAAUGGACUUCGAGAAAAUUCUGAAGUCGGCUCACAAAAAGUCUCGUUGCUAUUUUGUGAGACGGCCAGCCAUUGCCGAACAAUUGGAAGAGAUAUGCAAGCGGAAAGGAAUAAAAUUGACAAAGGAUUACACAAAUGGAAGAGAAGACCAAAAAGAUCGCCCCUUGUUAAUCAAAUACUUUAAGAUAGGUUUUUGGGUUGUCCUUUCCGUUAUAACAGUUUGCGUUGUGGUUGGUCUUGUAGCUGAUGUCAGAAGCAUCAAAAAAUCUCUUCAAGGCCAUGGUUUUAAUGGGACCAGUUUGGUUAGCGCUUUUUAA